AUGAAAAGUUGUUAUAUUACAAAAUGAAAUGUGAAAAUGAAUAAAAGGGGCUGCAGUCUUUCAACAUAAGAAAAGUAACUGGCAACUUGUUUAUGCGCAUAUCAUCAAAGCUGUGUUUACUGAAGGGUGCAAGUUCGUGUUACAGUGAGCUGCUGAUCUCCUUCCAAACAUAGCUGGAGUGAACAGGCCCAACUAGCAAGAACAGAUGUUUAUUUUUUUAUUUUCCAGAUUGAAAGAAAUGAGUAGGAUUUAUAAUUGCAAUUGGCUGGAAGUGCCAUGGGGAGAUGGAGACUUAGGUUCUUGGGCAGAUCGCUCACCUCUGCAUGAGGCAGCCAGUCAAGGACGUCUUCUUUCUCUAAAGACUUUAUUGUCACAGGGGUACAAUGUUGACACACUAACAAUUGACCAAGUAACACCACUUCAUGAAGCCUGCUUGGGAGAUCAUGUAGGAUGUGCAAGAAUUCUUCUUGAAGCAGGAGCAAACGUAAACGCUACAACAAUUGAUGGAGUCACACCUUUAUUUAAUGCAUGUUCAAGAGGCAGUGCAGCAUGUGCUGAGCUCCUGUUAGAGUAUGGCGCCAAAGCUCAGUGGGAGUCCUGCCUUCCAUCACCAACGCAUGAAGCAGCCAGUAGAGGUCACAGUGAAUGUCUGGAGGUACUGAUAUCCUCAGGUAUAGAUAUUGACCAAGAUCUCCCGCAUUUAGGAACACCUCUGUAUGUAGCCUGUGUUUCACAGCAGAUCCAUUGUAUUCGAAAGCUUCUUUAUGCAGGUGCCAAUGUGCAGAAAGGAAAGCAUCUGGAAACCCCACUCCAUGCUGCUGCCCAGCAUUCUAGUACAGAGAUUGUAAACUUACUCCUUGAAUUUGGGGCAGACAUAAAUGCCAAAAAUACAGACUUUGAGAGGCCUGUCGAUUUAGCUGCUCCAAGCAGUUUAGUGGAGAGAGUGCUGCUCCUCCAGGAAGCCACACCCUCUUCUCUUUGUCAGCUCUGCCGAUUAUGUAUCCGAAAUUACAUAGGAAGAGCUAGACUGCAUCUUGUCCCACAACUCCAGUUGCCAACCAUACUGAAGAAUUUCUUACAGUACAGAUAACAGAGUAACUAACCUUUAUGAACAUGAAUAACAAGUACUUCUGUUUAUUGUAUGUUUUACCUAAAAAACUGCUGGGCAGAAAAAUGCCAUUUACAUAUUACUUUAAAAAAAUAUGUAUCUUUGACAGCUGGUGUUGGUAAAUAAUAAUUGGGAACCAUUCAGCAAUUGGUACCAAGGUGCUAUUAAGGCUGAAUUGAAUAAGUGUGCUCAUACUUGGAGGAAAUUAUUGUAUAGCUUUAGCUUAACACUUACUAAAUAGCUUUAGUGCUGUUAAUUUUAAUUGUAUUUACACUUCUAAGAUCUGUUUGACACAUCUGAAACAUGAAGAGUUUCUUCAUUAUUAUUUGUUAAGUUUGUCCAGUUGGAGUCAUUAUUUUAUCUGUUUUUAAAUUUCCAUUGUUUGUGUACCUAAAAAUACUGGAUGACAGGUGCACUAUAUGCAUUGUUAACAAUAAUAAUAA